UCCCUCCUCCUCCACCUCCUCCUCCAAACACACAACAACAACCACCGCCACAAACUCGCUGCUGCUCCUCCGAAACGCCCAGAUUGCAAACCACAGAGCUGCCUGCAACAGAGAGAGGGAGAAAAGGAGAGAGGGAAGAGGAGGAGGAAGCAAAAGAGCGGAGAGCAGCUGCAGCCAGCUUUCACGGGCAGGAACGACUGCACAUUGCACAGGCUGCGUCUGCCAGAAGAAGGUCGAUACGAAACGUGGGGAUUUUGCUUAACUUCAUUUUCAGAUCGUUUUCUUGUACCGUUCGAUCCUCUGGCCAGAACAACAAAGUGACUUGGUGUUGGCGAUUCGGCCUUCUGUUCAUUGAGGAAAAAAAAAAGAGGAAAUACUCCUUGUGUUUUUCUUCUUUUAGGAAGAGAGGGGAAAACUAAAAAGAAGGGGGGAAAACACCUUUCGCCUUCAGCCCGGAGUGUUUUUACUUAAUUGAAUCUAUCGACGGGUUUCUUCGCUUUGGAUUUUCUUUUCAUUUCUAUUUUUUCCCGUUCUGAUGGCUUGCAAGUUGGACUGAAGCAGAGUUUGGAAAGCAAAAGUUUGUCUUAGGGCUGGAUUUAUUUGCAAACCACAGGAAGAAGAAAAUACAAGGGAGAGAGGGGUUGGUGCAGAGCCGCGAUCACGGAGUUCAGAUGUGUUCUAAGCCUGCUGGAGUGAUCACCCUUCAGAGUCCUGAUGGAGACAAGAGCUCAGAAUGGCAGUGGGUCCCAGCCCUUGUUACAGGCUCCCCGUGACAGUGGCAGGCAGCAUGGGGAGCCUGACCUGAGAGAUGCUCUCACACAGCAGGUUCAUGUGUUGUCACUGGACCAGAUUAGGGCCAUCCGAAACACAAAUGAAUAUACCGAGGGACCUACAGUAGCUCCAAGACCUGGGGUCAAACCUGCCCCUCGACCCUCCACUCAACACAAAAAUGAAAGACUCCAUGGAUUAACUGAGCACCGUCAGUUUAGCAGGGUCCAGCAUUCACAGACACAUUCUUUUGUUCGAGCACCUCUGUCUCGAUCCAUUAGCACCGUGAGUACAGGAUCGAGAAGCAGUACAAGGACAAGUACUAGUAGCAGUUCCUCUGAACAAAGACUUUUAGGAUCAUCCUUUUCUUCUUCAGGGCUAGUUGCUGAUGGGAUAAUCCGGGUGCAACCCAAAUCUGAGCUCAAACCAGGUGAACUGAAGCCCUUGAGCAAGGAAGACUUGGGUAUGCAUGCCUACAGGUGUGAGGAUUGUGGGAAGUGUAAGUGUAAGGAGUGCACCUAUCCAAGGCCUCUGCCAUCAGACUGGAUCUGUGACAAGCAGUGUCUUUGCUCAGCUCAGAACGUGAUUGAUUAUGGGACUUGUGUAUGCUGUGUGAAAGGCCUCUUCUAUCACUGUUCCAAUGAUGAUGAGGAUAACUGUGCUGACAACCCCUGUUCUUGCAGUCAGUCUCAUUGCUGUACUCGGUGGUCUGCCAUGGGGGUCAUGUCUCUCUUUCUGCCUUGUUUGUGGUGUUAUCUUCCAGCCAAGGGUUGCCUUAAGUUGUGCCAGGGGUGUUAUGACCGAGUUAACAGGCCUGGGUGUCGCUGUAAAAACUCAAACACAGUUUGCUGCAGAGUUCCCAGUGUCCCACCUAGGAACUUUGAAAAACCAACAUAGCAUCACUAAUCAGGAAUACUGCAGUAAUAAUAAGAAUUAUUACUCUCUCUCUCUUUUUCUCUGUCUCUGUCUCUUCCUCCCUCCCUCCCUCCCUCCCUCUCUCUCUUUCUCUCUCUUAACACAUAU